CGGGAAACCAAUGUUUUCUCUCUGCUGUCCGCUUGUAGAUUUGACUCCGCGCGGGACGUAGCAGAAAAGUGAAUCAGUGGAAAACAACUGUAGCAAGAUGAAGGUGAUAACAUGUGAGAUAGCGUGGCACAACAAAGAACCUGUCUACAGUCUGGACUUCCAGCACAACUCAGAGGGCCGCAUACACCGACUGGCCACAGCAGGAGUGGACACCACUGUCAGGUUGUGGCGUGUGGAGAUGGGGCCUGAUGGGAAGGCAGUGGUGGACUUCCUGUCCAACCUUGCACGGCACACCAAGGCUGUCAACGUGGUGCGCUUCUGCCCCAACAGUGAGCUGCUCGCUUCUGGAGGAGAUGAUUCAGCCAUCCUGCUGUGGAAGCUGAAUGACAAUAAGGAGCCUGAGCAGGCCCCGUCGUUCCAGGAGGAGGAGGAUAGUCAGCUCAACAAGGAGAGCUGGAGCGUGGUCAAGACCCUGCGGGGACAUAUUGAGGAUGUGUAUGAUAUCAGCUGGACCCGGGAUGGGAACUUCAUGGUCUCUGGUUCUGUGGACAACACUGCCAUUAUGUGGGAUGUAACAAAGGGUCAGAAGCUGUGCAUCUUUAACGACCAUAAGAGCUAUGUGCAGGGAGUGACCUGGGACCCGCUGGGCCAGUAUGUGGCCACACUCAGCUGUGACAGGGUGAUGCGUGUGUACAGUACUCAGAGCAGGAGGAAAGUCUACAGUGUCAGUAAGAUGAGCUCUGGAUCAGCUGCGGAGGGAGAGGUGAAACAGUACCGAAUGUUCCAUGACGACAGCAUGAGGUCUUUCUUCAGACGCCUCACCUUCACACCGGACGGCUCCUUCCUGCUCGCCCCAGCAGGGUGUGUGGAGGCGGGGGAGAACAUCACCAACACCACCUACGUCUUCUCCAGGAAGAGCCUCAAGAGGCCCAUAGCUCACCUGCCCUGCCCUGCUAAAGCCACCCUGGCUGUACGCUGUUGCCCUGUCUACUUUGAGCUGAGGACCAAGAAGGGAGAGGAUGGCAGUGCCCAGCCCCUGCCCAACACGUUUGGCUUGCCCUACAGACUGGUGUUUGCUGUGGCCUCUGAGGAUUCCAUCUUCCUCUAUGACACUCAGCAGACCCUACCUUUCGGCUACGUCUCCAACAUCCACUACCACACACUCAGCGACCUCACCUGGUCUCGGGAUGGUUCCUUCCUGGCGGUGUCAUCUACAGAUGGCUACUGCUCCUUCCUGUCCUUCUCCCCUGGUGAGCUGGGCACGCCCCUCAAGGAGCCCCCUGUCCUGGAGGUCGUCACCCCUGGCAACGGGCUCGAAAAGAAGGGCAAGAAGGUUGCAACGGCCCGCACGGUGUCCCCCGUCCCCAAAACUACAGAGAGCACCACCCCUAUUCACCCCACCCCUAAAGAGGCCCCCAGCACCCCCAUCUCCACCCCUGGCACCCCCCUGACCCCUGGGGGAGAGGAAGAGAAGAAGAACCCUGGUAGGGCCAAGACCCAGCCCCGUAGGAUCACCCUCAACACCCUGGAGGGGUGGGGCAAGCCCAGCACCCCCAAAGCGCCUGCUGCUAGUGCCCCCAAAACCCCCACCACGGCCAGCACCAACACGCCCUCCACCCCUCAGCAGCCUCACCUCACCCUCUCUACCCCCAACACCCCCUCUAUAGCCCAGCCCUGCCUCACGCCAAAAGCCCAAUGCAGCAGCGGUAAAACCCUGGGCCCCAGCACCCCUAAAGCUAGCACCACCCCUAAAGGGCCUGCCCCCAGACGGAUAUCUCUGACUCCUGUCAUCUCCAGAUCUCCAGCUGCCUUCAGCACACCCUCCUCCACAGAGAAAGCCAAACAUGAACGGCCCUCUCCCCCCACUGACCCUGUGUGCCAGCCCCCAGAGUCCAAGCGGACCAAAACCAACACCCUGGCAGGCAAGACAGGGGUGGCUCCAGCCUCAGGGUCAACACCCAAACCCUAAGGACCCCACGUUACUAAGAACACUGAAGCACGAGUACAGAGCAGCACAGAGAGUGGUGUCAACAUGCAACUCACAUAUUAUCCUCCUACACUCACACACACACUUUGAGUUUAGCCUACUGAACUGCAUAGACUGGUGUUGUCAGCUAAAACACACAAGUUCACGGAGCGAAGACUGGCAUUUUCCUUCUAACAUUAUUAUGUAUGUUUUUGUAACUUCACGUUCUCAAUCUGUAGGUCUUUUUGGUGGAUAACCAGGUUAUUGGGAAUUUAAAUAAAGGAUAUGAAACAAAAAGUUUAAGAUAAACCACCUCAGUCUAAAAGAAGCCGAGAUCACGUAUGAAACUUAACUUUUAGUCAGAAUUAUUGUCUGUAUAAGUAGUAUAUUAGUACACUAUAUAUACAGUGCCUUUUGGAAAGUAUUCAGACCACUUAACUUGUUACACAUUUUCUUAUGCGACAGCCUUAUUCUAAGAUGUAUUACAUAAAACAUUUUCCUCAGCAAUCUACACACAAUACCCCAAAAUGACAAAGUGAAAACAUGUUUUUAGACAUUUUUGCAAAGUUAUUAAAAACAAACCUUUUCUACAUAAGUAUUCAGACUCUUUGCUAUAAGCUCAGGGGCAUCCUGUUUUCAUUGAUCAUCCUUGAGCUGUUUCUACAUCUCAAUUGCAGUCUGUGGUCAAUUCAAUUGAUUGGACAUGAUUUGGAAAGGUGCACGCAUGUCGAUAAGGUCCCACAGUUGACAGUGCAUGUCAGAAAAAAACAAGCCAUGAGGUCGAAGGAAUUAUCCGUAGAGCUAUGAGAAUGGAUUGUGUUGAGGCACAAAUCUGGAGAAAGGUACCAAAACAUUCUGCAGCACUGAAGGUCCCUCUUUCUUAAAUGGAAUAAGUUUGAAACCACCAAGACUCUUUCUAUAGCUGGCUGCCUGGCCAAACUGAGCAAUUGAGGGAGAAGGGCCUUUGUCAGGGAGGUGACCAAGAACCCGAUGGUCACUGACUGAGCUCCAGAGUUUCUCUGGAGAUGGGAGAACCUUCCAGGACAACCAUCUCUGCAGCACUUCACCAAUUAGGUCUGUAUGGUAGAGUGGCCAGACGGAAGCCACUCAGUAAAAUGCACAUGACAGCCUACUCUUGAGUUUGCCAAAAGGCAUCUAAAGAACUCUGACCAUGAGAAACAAGAUUCUCUGGUCUGAUGAAACCAAUAACUCUUUGGCCUGAAAGCUAAGAGUCACGUCUGGAGGAAACCUGGCACCAUCCCUACGGCGAAGCAUGGUGGUGGUAACGUCAUGCUGUGGGGAUGUUUUUCAGCAGCAGGGACUGGGAGACUUGUCAGGAUUGAGGCAAAGGUGAAUGGAGCAAAGUACAGAGAGAUCCUUGAUGAAAACCUGCUCCAGAGCACUCAGACUGGUGUGAAGGUUCACCUUCCAACAACCCUAAGCAGACAGCCAAGACAACGUAGGAGAGGCUUCGGGAUAAGUCUCAAUGUCCUUGAGUGGCCCAGCCAGAGCCCGGACUAGAACCCGAUCGAACAUAUCUGAAGAGACCUGAAAAUAGCCAUGCAACAACGCUCUACAUCCAAUCUGACAGAGCUUGAGAGGUUCUGCAGAGAAGAAUGGGUGAAACUCUCCAAAUACAGGUGUGCCAACUUGUAGCAUCACACACACGAUGACUCGAGGUUGUAAUCACUGCCAAAGGUGCUUCAACAAGUACUGAGUAAAAGGAUCUGAAUACUUAUGUAAAUGUAAUAUUUCAGUUUUUUAUUUGAUAAAUUAGCAAACAUUUCUGAAACAGUGUUUGCUUUGUUAUUAUGGGCUAUUGUGUGUAGAUUGAGGGGGAGGGGACAAUUUAAGCAAUUUUAGAAUAAGGCUGUAACGUAACAAAAUGUUGAAGUCAAGGAGUCUGAAUACUUUCCGAAGGCUCUGUACAAAGGUAUGUAAAAUGCCCUCUGCUAUUUCAGCCACACCCAUUUGCUGAUAGGUGUAUAAAAUCGAGCACACAGCCAUGCAAAUUCCACAGACAAACUUUAGCAGUGGAAUGGCCUUACUGAAGAGCUCAGUGACUGUCAAAGUAGCACCGUCGCCUGUCCUCGGUUGCAACACUCACUAUCAAGUUCCAAACUGCCUCUGGAAGCUAUGUCAGCACAAGAACUGUUCGUUGGGAGCUUCAUGAAAUGGGUUUCAAUGGCCAACCAGCAGCACCCAAGCCUAAGAUCACCAUGCGCAAUGGAGUGGUGUAAAGUUCGCCACCAUUGGACUCUGGAGCAGUGGAAACGCGUUCUCAGGAGUGAUGAAUCACGCUUCACCAUCUGACAGUCCGACAGACAAAUCUGGGUUUGGUAGAUGCCAGUAGAACGCUACGUGCCCGAAUGCAUAGUGCCAUUUGUAAAUUUUGGUGUUGGUGGAAUAAUGGUCUGGGGCUGUUUUUAAUGGAUCGGACUAGGCCCCUUCGUUCCAGUGAAGGGAAAUAUUGACGCUACAGCAUACAAUGACAUUCUAGACGAUUCUGUUGCAACAGUUUGGAGAAGGCCCUUUAAUGGUUCAGCAUGACAAUGCCCCAUGCGCACAUCAAGAGACAUACAGAAAUGGUUUGUUGAGAUUGGUGUCGAAUAACUUCUUGUAUUUUUUUGAGGGAGGGGUACUUUUUCUCCCCAAUUUUGUGAUAUCCAAUUGGUAGUUUUAGUCUUGUCCCAUUACUCUCGUAUGGACUCGGGAGAGGCGAAGGUCGAGAGCCAUGCGUCCUCCGAAACACGACCCUGCCAAGCCGCACUGCUUCUUGACAGACUGCUCGCUCAACCCAGAAGCCAGCAGCACCAAUGUGUCAGAAGGAAACACCGUCCAACUGGCUACCAUGUCAGCAUGCUUGCGCCCGGCCCGCCACAGGAGUCGCUAGAGCGCGAUUGGACAAGGACAUCCCAGCCAGCCAAACCCUCCCCUAACCCGGACAACGCUUGGCCAAUUGUGUGCCGUCUCAUUGUGCCUGCACAGAGCCCUGACCUCAACCCCAUCAAACACUUUUGGAUGAAUUGGAACGCCGAAUGCGAGCCUGGCGUAAUCGCCCAACAUCAGUGCUCUUGUGGCUGAAUGGAAGCAAGUCCCUGCAGCAAUGUUCCAACAUCUUAGUGGAAAGCCUUCCCAGAAGAGAGAAGGCUGUUAUAGCAGCAAAGUGGAGACCAACUCCAUGUUAAUGCCCAUGAUUUUGGAAUUAGAUAUUUGACAAGCAGGUGUCCAAAUACUUUUGGUCAUGUAGUGUUUUUAUAUAUGAAUGUCUAUAAUGCUGUGGACUUUGGUAACAUUUCAAUUCAAUGUUUGUCUAAAAAAAAUAAAAAAUAUUGGCUGUGUCUUUC